AUGGCGAUGGUAUACAGCAUGGGUAUUCGUUACUUUGUAAUUCUGGCUCUUUUCUACUGGCGCUGCCAGACAGCAUAUGGAGCGAUCUCUGAGGCCACCCCCAAUCUCAUCUAUGAAAACUGUCUUCGAGAAAGCGGUAACAUGUUGCGAGGAAACCGUUUGCUGUCCGUGAGUGACGAGGGAUUGGAAUGGUCUUGCAUGCAGUCCUUCCUCUGGCAGACGGCAGCACAGAGAGAGGCUCCUCGGAACCUUACACAACAGCAGGUAGUAUUUCUACAGACGUUACUAGGAAACCCUCGCUCUACAAGGGCCUGGCAGAUAAUCCAGAGCAGUGGAGGGACGUCCACUCAGAGAGAAGUACCGGUACGAUCAAAUACGGUCACUGUCCGGACUCCUCCGACUCACCGAACUCUCAGACCAAUUGUGCCAAGGACUUCUCGACCACGUUUCCCACCCAUCAACCGAUUCAACAGCCAACUCGCCACCAGUCAACCCACCAUCCGACCAACCAUCCGACCAACCAUCCGACCAACCAUCCGACCCUCACGGAAUCGUGUUACAGGUAAAACCAUCCGACCAACCAUCCGACCAACCAUCCGACCCUCACGGAAUCGUGUUACAGGACCCCGUUCUUUCAUAAGGGGUACCAGAACCAAGAGGUCAUCACAUGAUAGACUUCGUCGAUCAUUGGCUGCAGUGGCCAGGAAGGAGUACCGUGCGAUGACCGACGCUGAGAGGAACGCAUUUCACACAGCUUUGAAUCUGGCCAAGAGUAGCACAAUUCUGUCUCCCAACGUGUAUGACUUCGUGGCGUCUCUACAUUCGGGAAUAUUGGCAAACGGAGCUCACGGCGGGCCAGCCUUCCUCCCAUUUCAUCGUAUCUACAUACUCCUAAUGGAUCUCGUCAUUGCAUAUUUUGACAACACCAACACGGUGAGGCUUCCGUUUUGGGAUAGCACCCUGGACAACGAAUUGACCAACCCUACUCUUUCCAUCAUGUGGCACAGUACAUUUGCUGGUCAGGGUAAUGGCUUCGUCUCGAAUGGACCAUUUGGAUCCUGGUCAACUCUUCACGGCCCAUCCAUAAUACGAAACAUUGGCUCAGGUGGGGCUUUAAUGUCCAAAGCCAAUGUAGAUGCUGUGCUUACCCAGUCAUAUCUGAGUGAGAUUUCAAAACCCACGGCUGCCUUUCAGUAUGACCUCGAAAGAUAUCACGGUAUUGUACAUGGCUGGGUGGGUGGAGACAUGGGCAGCUUAAACACGGCAACCAACGACCCCGUGUUCUUUAUGCACCACGCUUUCAUCGACUGUGUUUGGCAGCGCUUUCGAGAUCUGCAGCCUGGAAAAGGCGUGAACCCCAACACUGAUUAUCCGAACACAUUGCAAACAUAUCACCGACCAACGGACAGCGUUGGUAUUGUGCCAAGUAUCACCAAUUCACAAGCAGUCACAGCAUUCUACGCGUCAUUCUCACGAUGUGAACAUCCCCGUUGCCCUAGAUGCGGUCCUUACUUGCGGUGUGUAAAUGAUCGCUGUGUCCCUGUGCUGUCUGACGAGGCCGAUCCUUGUCCGUCAUGCCCGGGUAGCAGUCAAGGUGGGUACACAGGUUACCAGAAUUCUUACUGCAUCAACGGCUACUGCGACACGAAUGAGUGGGCGUACGUACCAGUCCAAAUCACCUAUAGCCGUCCUCCAGAUUACGAUACCACGGAACAGUAUGGGUCCUAUCCAGUUGUAGGAGGUCGUUCUCGUCGGCAGUACGAUAUCUACAAUCCACGUGGCUACACUUCGACCGGAAUCUACGGCAGGAGAUAUUCCCGCCAGGAUCGUAGCUCCCGCUACACGGACUGUGGCUGUCGGCAGGGUGACGCGAACAGUGGAAUCGUAUAUGUCCAGUCCUAUGGGGCAAACUACGAUGGCAGCUACAGAGAAUACGCUGUUGUCGAUCGAAGGUACGCCAUUUCCUCGAACACUGCUUAUGUAGCAGUACGGAACCCACGACAGGGCGCAUCACAAGCUUAUGUCAACGUAUAUGACGACUGUGGAAGGUUGUGCCGUCCAACCUGCUGGAACAGAUUCAGCCGACGAUGGGUUCCGUGUUCAGGGGCCGUAACACUUACAACAGGUGGUGGAAGAAACCGAGGGUACGGCGACACCUAUGAAGAUGCCACCUAUCAGGUGUGGGAUUACAGUGAUGAACUGUAUCCUAUCUACAGCCAAAACAAUAUCUACCUGAAUUACUUCUGUGACUACACGGGCACCUGGCCCUGGGUACCUGUAGCUGCUAGCUCAAGAAGUUGCAGGAAAAUGACGUCUUGGCGAUAUAGCGUUAUUUUGGUCCUGUCGCUGAUUUGUAGUACGCUGGCCACAAUUUCAGAGGAAACACCAAGUUCGAUAUACGCCGAUUGCCUACGAGAGGCCGAUCAGACCCUAACCAAGUAUCCCGAGCUGAAAGCCACGGAUGAGGAACUACAGUGGUCUUGUAUGCAAUCGUACCUAUGGCGGACAGUGGAGGAGCGCGAAGCUCCGCGAAAACUAACCAGUGAACAGGUGGAGUUUCUGGAGACAUUGGUCGGGAGGCCCGGCUCAAAUGAGGCCUGGGAAUUAGGCUCUUCCAAAGCACUUCCCGAAAAGCACCUACGAUUGAGGCGAUCAUUGGCCAAUGUCCCCAGGAAGGAGUAUCGAGCUUUGACCGAUGCAGAAAGAACAGCCUUUCAUGAUGCGCUGAAUGAUGCCAAGCAGUUUCCGUUUACUUCUUCAAUGUUACUGUAUGACUUCUUAGCGUCUCUCCAUUCGGGUACUCUGGCCAAUGGAGCCCACUACGGGCCAGCCUUCCUCCCAUUCCAUCGUAUCUACCUACUGCUAAUGGAUCUCGUCAUUGCAUAUUUUGACAACACCAACACGGUGAGGCUUCCGUUUUGGGAUAGCACCCUGGACAACGAAUUGGCCAACCCUACUCUUUCCAUCAUGUGGCACAGUACAUUUGCUGGUCAGGGUAAUGGCUUCGUCUCGAAUGGACCAUUUGGAUCCUGGUCAACUCUUCACGGCCCAUCCAUAAUACGAAACAUUGGCUCAGGUGGGGCUUUAAUGUCCAAAGCCAAUGUAGAUGCUGUGCUUACCCAGUCAUAUCUGAGUGAGAUUUCAAAAACCACCGCUGCCCCUCAGUAUGACCUCGAAAGAUAUCACGGUAUUGUACAUAGCUGGGUGGGUGGAGACAUGGGCAGCUUAAACACGGCAACCAACGACCCCGUGUUCUUUAUGCACCACGCUUUUAUCGACUGUGUUUGGCAGCGCUUUCGAGAUCUGCAGCCUGGAAAAGGCGUGAAUCCCAACACUGAUUAUCCGAACACAUUGCAAACAUAUCACCGACCAACGGACAGCGUUGGUAUUGUGCCAAGUAUCACCAAUUCACAAGCAGUCACAGCAUUCUACGCGUCAUUCUCACGAUGUGAACAUCCCCGUUGCCCUAAAUGCGGUCCUUACUUGCGGUGUGUAAAUGAUCGCUGUGUCCCUGUGCUGUCUGACGAGGCCGAUCCUUGUCCGUCAUGCCCGGGCAGCAGUCAAGGUGGGUACACAGGUUACCAGAAUUCUUACUGCAUCAACGGCUACUGCGACACGAACCAGUGGGGAUACGUACCAGUCCAGAUCACCUAUAGCCGUCCUCCAGAUUACGAUACCACGGAACAGUAUGGAUCCUAUCCAGUGAGGGAUGGACGAGCUGUUACAAAAUACGACGUCUAUAGCCCUCGAGGCUACACCGAAACUGGAAUCUAUACAGAUCGAUAUUCCCGCCAGGAUCGCAGCACCCGCUACACAGACUGCGGGUGUCGUCAGGGUAACGCGAACAGUGGCGUCGUUUAUGUCCAGUCCAAUGGGAUCAACUACGAUGGAAGCUACAGAGAGUACACUAUUGUUGACCGAAGGUACGCCAUUUCAUCGAGCAUCGCUUACGUCGCGGUCCGAAGUCCAAGAGAAAGAACCACGCGAGCCUAUAUUAACGUGUAUGACGAAUGCGGAAGAUUGUGUCGCCCUACAUGCAGGGUUAAGGGACGAUCGGUGCCGUGUUCUGGAGCAGUGGCAGUAACAAGCUACGGGAAUGUGCGCCGUGGAUACGGCGAUACCUAUGAGCAGGCCACAUAUCAAGUAUGGAACUUUGAGGACAAAGAGAACCCUAGUUACAGCCAAGAUAACAUCUACCUGAACUACAUGUGUGACUACACCGGCAUCUGGACCACAGGUGUGUACAGGUCAACUGGCAAAUAACUGAUGUCGCGAUAAAACCAUUCAAGGUUUAUGUCCUUUACAGGCGCAAAUAAUAUACAUUUGGUCGGAAGUAGUCGAAUUUUAACUAAUCUGACUUCAACUAAAUUGCUAAUACCUAAAUCUUUCAUCUAUUUCAUGAAAUCUAUAUCAUUUAGUUGUAUGAAAAAACAUGAAAUAAAAACUUCCCCACGAGUGUAAUUAUUCGUUAUUUAAAAUGUAUAUCUAUAUGUAUUUGCUCUGAAUUAGCAAAAUUCGUUGUUCAGUUGGGACAAGAUACAUUUCUGAUGAGCCAGUACCUGGAAAGCAAGUUUCAACCAACAGAUGAUUCAGUCCUGGAAACUUUAUAGUUAUCCAUGUAGACAAUAGUAGACAUUUUUAUAACAUAUAUUAAAUAAAUAUGCAAGCUCUUCAA